GGCUUCAUUUCUUUAUUGUUUGUAGGGUCCGAAGCACUGAACUCUGCUCGCUCCCCCUGACUCCUCAGGAAACAAAAUAACCUUCCCACCUUCCCCUCCACCAUCCACUCCUCUCUCUCUCUAUCUCUCCAAAAAUAUCCAUCUCAAUGGAGCACAGCCCCAAAUUCAAACCCCACCUUUCACAGAGCAGCAGCCGAAGAAGGCGAACCAGCACCGAUUCCAACUCCCCCGAGUUCGAGUUUUGGAGAAACCCGUCUUGCCCUCAGCCCAAUCUCCUCUCCGCCGAUGAGCUCUUCGUCGACGGCGUCCUUCUCCCUCUCCACCUCCUCCCCCCUCCUUUUCUUAACCACUCCGACCCACCUGACCCAAAUCCACAACCCAUCUCACAACCUCCUGUUCCUGACCCAAAACCCAUUUCGGAACCCGACCCAGAAUCCGAACCCGGUCCAGGACCUGAGUUGUCAGCUGCUCCCGUUCUAACCGCAUCGAAGCGUUGGAGGGACAUUUUUAGGAUGGGCGAGAAGAAAUCCGUCAAAGCCGACGAGACUGAUAAAGAGAAAGACAAGAAGAAAGACCGAAAGGGCGGCGGCGGCGGAGCGAGCUCGGCGGAGCUGAACAUCAAUAUAUGGCCAUUUUCGCGCAGUAGAUCCGCCGGAAACGCAUAUACCCGACCCAAACCGUUCGGAGCUCCGGUGACCCGGAAGGUGAACAGCGCGCCGUGUUCAAGGAGCAACUCAACGGGCGAGUCGAAGUCUAGAAAGUGGCCACCUGCGAGUCCGGGUCGACCCGGAGUUCAUUUGGGUCGGAGCAGCCCGGUUUGGCAGGUCCGGCGUGGAGCCUCGGCUGCUGGAAAGAGCAACUCCGACCCACAAGCUCGAAAUGCUGAAAAGGGGACAAAAAAGGAAGUGCCGGAGAAUCGCAGGAGUAAAAAAACUGCCGGAGCCGUCAUCGCCGGAGGCAGCGGCUCGAAAGCUAGAGUCUUGAAUUUGAAUGUUCCGAUGUGUAUUGGGUAUGGAAGCCAUUUGAGCUGUAGAAGUGAGAAUAGUGCAGUUGGAGUUGGCAUUGGCGGCCGUGGAAGCGGCAGCAACAACCGUGGUGGUGAUGCUAGCGGCGGCGUUAACGGUGGAGGAGGAAAUGGCGGGGCUGUCGGUAAUCUUUUCAAUCUGCGCAGCCUUUUCACCAAGAAGGUGUAUUAAGUACAAUUAAUCAUCUCAUUAGUCAUUACUUAAUUUCAUCUCCACCAUGUUAAAACUUAUUUUUGUAUGAUUACCAAUGGGUCCGUUUUGUAUAAUCUUCUCUUUCUUUUUCCUCCAAAAGAACCAGAAAAAAUGAAGGGAAAAAAAGGGGGAAAAAGUCUCUUUCUUUUUCUCAUGUAAUUAGAUUGAAAAGUAGCUUUAUGUGCAUAUUGUGCCGAUUAUAAAUCAGGUUUAAUGUUGAGUUUAGUUUGGACUUUGGAGCA